AUGGUCCAAGACCACUUUAAUCAUGUCAUGGAGAACAAGGUCUAUGGUAUGCCUAAUGCUCUGAAGGCCAGUCAACUACUUGAAUUCAUUAUUGACAAUGAUGGAGAACAAACCAUUUCACCUUUGACUAUCCUGGCUGAAGUGAACCUCUUCAUAACCAAUGAAGAGUGGGAUGCAUCUCAUAUCCUUGAUCUCAAGAUUGGAGGUCUGCUGGAAUCCAUUCAUGACAGCAAGCAACACAACCACCCAAUGAAGGAAGAUGCCUCCACAUCCAUUGGAGGCAAUCCCCCCACCUCUGACUCAGAUGUCUCCAACUGGUGCUUAGUUGGUCAUGAUGCCACUCCUGGGCCUACACCCGAGCUCAACAUGCUCACUAAUCACCAUUUGAAAGUGCUUACUGGCCUUAAUGACAAGAUGAGGUGGAAUGAUCAAGACCUUCUUGACCCAUGUGAUCAGCCAGUGCCAAUCACUGUCAACCUAUUUGACUGGGCAGUGGACAAGUGCACCAUGCACUCAGUUGCCAAAGAGUAUGAGCUCCUCACUUUGGCCUAUGCACUAUGCUGGAACCAAGUGGGUCACCAUGCAUAUGACUUCCUUCUCAAGUGGGAAGCUCAUGUUUCGGAAUUGCAUGCAUACAUGAAGACACCCUGGACACCUGAUCACUGUUAUAGGACUCUCAAGUGUGCACUGCCAUCUGACAAAAAUGCUCUAUUCAAUUUAGUGUUCAUCCUACAUGAACAACUUCAUGGCAGAGAGCAGACAACUGAGAGUGUCGCCGAAGUCUUACAUAGAUGUUGUCACAGGGUUGGCUGGCCAGCGCAAGAGAGUGAGCCAAUUGAUCAGCAGCAGUCAUGGUAA